AUGACGUCAAUGUCCCCAAGAUCCGAUCAUUCUCAAAAGUCCUCGGACAGUCGACGAAAAAUUGAAACUUAUGUUUCUCCUGAACCUACAACAUCUACACCUUCGAUUACCGAGCUUAUGAAUAAAAAUCCGACCAACGCUGACUAUACGAUGGAAUACAGAUAUCACAGAAAGGUGGAACGAAGAAGGAACAUUGAUGAAAGACGCAGAAGAGUAGCAUCUCUACCACGAUUGAACGAUGCCAGCACGUCAAGGAAUGAUAGCUACAGUAGGUACAAUGAAAACGGCAGAAAUGAGAUCACUAAUAGAAGAUCAAGCCAACAACAAAUGUAUUCAAGUCAACAAAGGCUCAAUGGUCGGCCUGAUAGUGUUAAAGGGCUGCGAAGAACGGCGUCGAACAUGCAAGAAGCUGAUUAUAUCUACUUUUCACCAUACUUUAACCAAUAUACAGCUAAUAAUAUAGCGAGAAGAGAAGAUAAUUCAGUUCACAAUGGCCAUAAAGUAUAUUAUUCUACCUACACAAAGCAUGCACGAUCUUCAAGCUACAAUCAAGCUCAAAAUGGACAUUCAUUAACCGGGAACGAUGGGGUUUAUUUGGGUCAAAAUAGAAGUGGCAGUAGAGUUGGUAAUAGAGGAAUGCAACCACAAGAACAGAUAUUGCACUACACUAGCUUUGAUGGAAGGUCGGGUCAUAAUAGAGAUAUCAACAAUGUUUCAUAUGAAAACAGAAAUUUGUCUUCAUAUGAUAACAGAAAUUUGGCAUCAUACGACUAUUCAACCGCUCAAAAUGCACAAAAUCGACCUUAUGGCCGAAGCCAAAGCAGCAUGUCAAACUACCGCAGAACCUCGAGCAGUAUGAGUAAUUUAAGAAGACUAAAAGAGGACAACAUGAACCAGAUAAGAUCACAAAAAGACCCCAUAAACAAUGUCAGACCUAAUGAAGAUGUUCAAGUAUUAGCAGAAGAGUCACGACGAAUCUAUCGCAAAGUUCAGCGGGUAAAACUGCUAAAACAAGCGUUGGAAGAGACAGAAGCCGAGAAGUUGCGUCGGAUUCACGUCGAAAACGAACGGAAUCUGGAGCAGCUGGCUCGUUUGAAAGAAGCCGAGUACCACAAAAAACAACGCCAUUUUUCGGCCGAACGGCGGUUCGAAGCCGGCGAAAAACGCAUCGAAUUGGCCGAAAAACGGCUUGAUUUGGCUGAAAAUAGGCAUGAACUAGCCAAAAAUAGACAUGAACUAGUCAAAAACCGCCAUUAUUCGGCCGAAAACAGCCAAAAUCGGGCCGAAUUCAGGCGAAUCGAAAAAUGGGAGAAACAUGACCGUUCCGUUUAUUUCCAGAACGCUGAAGCACGCCGCAGAACGCCGGAUGCUAACGCAUUGUCGGCACGUGAAGCGUUGUUGCAAUGGGCACGUCAAGCCACUCAAGGCUAUCCCGGCGUUCACGUUCAGAACUUUGGAUCAUCGUGGCGGGAUGGACUGGCUUUCAAUGCCAUUCUGCAUCGAUAUCGACCGGAGACUGUGGAUUGGAAGGCGGUAAGGCAUUUUUUUGUUUGAAAUUUGAAAAAUUUUGAUUUUUUUUUUGAAAUUUGGUACUAAAAAUUAAUUUUUGGUACUAAGAACGAAUUUAUAGUACCGGCUUUGACUUUAUGAUUCACAAUUUAUAAUCAGUACUAAAUUAAGUUUAUAUACCUAAAUUAUCACAGUAUUGUGUAUGUCAAGUAUCAUACUAUUAAUAAUAUGCUUUUCAGAUCAGUGAUCGCUACGUUCCAGUACGUGAUCGUCUCCGCAACGCCUUUGACGUCGCUGACAAAGACUUUGGAGUAGGACCAUUGCUAGAUCCAGAGGAUGUGGAUACAGAUAAUCCAGACGAGAAGUCUAUCAUGACUUAUGUCUCUUUAUUGUAUAACGGGUUACCUUCUUUAGAUGAGAUUCAGGUAAGAUUGAGUGGAAUAUGAGGGACGGUAGUGCCUUAAGGGUGAUUUUUUUAGGAUUGUGGUACUAUAAAGCUUGAUAGUACUAUUUUGAAUGGGAUGUAAGGGUUAAAAUGCUAUUCCAAAGACGAUAUAAGGAGUGAUAGUGCUAUAUAAAGGAUGAUAGUGCUAUAUUAAGCAUGAUAGUACUGAUAAUACUCCAUCUUUUUGAUUAUGGUACUAUACGGUAGUACUAUAAUUUUGAUAGUACUACAUAUAGAGAAAACUAGUACUAUAAGGUACUGGAAUAGCAUAUAACUUUGUUAUAAUGGUACUGUUGAUACUAUAGUAGAUUUUUGUGCUGAUAAGAAAGAAAUUUUGAUAUUGUUAUAGGUUGUUAUAGACUUUUUGCUUUGUUUUUUGCAUUUUUCUUUGCUUUUUCAGAUUCAUUUCCUUUAUUUUUAUCAUUUUUAGUUAUUUUUACUUUAUAUACUUAAUAUUUAUAUCUUUAUUUUAAUCAACAAACUGUUAAAAUCACCUAAAAACAUAAAACCCUGAUCUUGCAGAGCACUGGCGGAGUAGCCGAAGACAUAAUCGGCCGUCUGGACCGUGGCAUCCUUCUCACCAACGAGCGAUACGACCGUGUUUUGACUCGAAUCGAACGAAUCGAAGAACACUACAAGUCGAUGCGAACCGAGGAGGUGUCACGCGAAGUGAAUCAACUGGUCGAUGAGCUGGAGAACUCGGCUCAAACCAUCAAAACCCUGUUCGAGGACGUGGAUCAGCUCAGGGACUUGAAGCACGAAAUGAGCGAGGAGUACUAUAAGAGGUGGGUAGGGGUGGAAUGAAGGGGGAGGACUAUAAGGGGUGGGUAGGGGUAGUAUUAUAAGAGGUGGGUGGAAUAAAGGAGAAGGGCUACUAGGUUGUUCAAAUAAUCCUGAGCUCCUCUUCAAGGCAUAUUUUUGAGGUUAGGGGCUUAGAAUUAUAUGAACAAACUAAUGUGAGAGUUAGGUAUGGGUGGAAAAAAGAUGGGGUAGGGGUGAGUAAUAGUAGGAUAGGGGUGGAUAAGUGAUGGGAAGACUAGUUAAAUAGUGGUUAGGGCUGGCGGGGCAAAUGAGAGCUUUUGAGGGUCGAGUAGGGAUAGGUAAUGAUAGAAAAAAGAGGGUACGGCCAAGGAUAGUCCGUCAAACCUAUUGUCACUCUAUUCAUACCUACUUUUCAGAGUGUUUGGCCUCCACCAACGCCGCAACGCCUACCUCGACCGCCUAGCCGACCGCUUCCCCGACCAUUACGGCCAAUACUCGACCAGCUCUCGAGUCGAACGUCACGACUACUCUUCAUCUCAAAACGCUUCCCAACAACAAGCCCGUGACGCCUCGGCCCAACGCAUCUACCAACAACAGCAACAACAACAUCAGCAAUCCGAAAAGUAUAUUCAGAAGCGCAAAGCCAACUUUGACCGCCUGAACGAAGCGAUCAGAUACGUGGAGGAGAAGCUGAAGGAGCUGAAUACGAUGAGAUUCGCUGAAGACUUGCAAACUUUGGAGACAACUUUUGCUCGUCAUCAGGUGGACAACAGAGAUAUUCAGGAUUAUCGGCAGACUGUUGAUGAAUGCAUCGCUAGACAGGUUGGUUUUUGAAAAGUUUUGAAAUUUUGAAAAAAAAACUAUUUUUUCGAAAUUUUUCGUAUUUUUGAUAUAUGGCUUUGAUGAAAACGACUUUUUGGUAACAAACUGAAGUUUUAGGUAUUAAAGUGGCUUUUUAGGUAACAAAAUGAAUUUUUAGGUAUCAAAGUUAACUUUUAGUCUUUUAGGUAACAAAAUUAAGUUUUUUUGGUAAAAAAAUUCAUUUUUAGGUAAUAAAAUGUCUUUUUAGAUAACAAUAUGCUUUUUCAAUUCUCAAAACACUUUUAUGCCGAGUGUUAUAUCAAUAACAAAAUUUUAAAAAAAUUAUUUGUACGUAUUUUAGGCCGAAAUCGCAGCCGAAGACACCCACGAGUACUGUGACCUCCUUGCCCGUCUCGAAUCCUCAUACCAACAACUUCGUGACAUCAGUGCUGGCCGAAUGCUUGAUCUAGACACUCUGAUCGCCUUCAUUCGAGCCGCUCAAGCCGAACUUGUCUGGAUUCAGGAGCGCGAAACCAUCGAAGUAGCCAGAGACUGGUCCAGCAUCGCCGCUUUGGACCUACCAAUGCUCCAAAACUACUACCGUCAACUGCUACAGGAAAUUGAAAUUCGCGAAAGAAUCUUCAACGAUGUCCACAAUCAAGGUGCCGCUCUGAUCAAUCAACGUCACCCAGCUUGCGACGUGAUCGACGUGUACCUGAGGUCAAUGCAAAACCAAUGGGACUGGCUUCUAGGAUUGUCACGAGCUCUAGAAGGUCAUCUUCGCGACGCCAUCAAUGUAAAGAACUUCACAGAAGAAGCCGAUGGGCUAGAAUCGUCGAUGCGAAAGCAUCUAGAACAUCUGGAGAAGAACUACAACCAGACCGACCUGUCGAUUGGGGAUGCUGAACAGUACCUGAGAGAGCUGGACGAACUGGGAGAGUUUGUGGGCAAGUAUCAGAGCUUGUUGGUGAGCCUAGACGAGAGAGCUCAAAGCAUCAGUCCAUUGUGGCAGAGAGGAGAGAGGAUUAAUCAUCAAAUCAAAGUGACAGCGUGGUGUGAUUAUGUUAAGGAUGGAGUUAACAUUGCUACUGGUAAGGGUUGAAUUUGGGUAACAAAAUGACUUUUUAGAUGACAAAAUUAUUUUUUAGGUAACAACAUUUUUGAACUUUGAAAUUUAAAAAAAUUUUAAAUUUAUAAAUCAAUGAUAAUUUCUCUAAUUUCAGGUGAUGAAGUAACCCUCAUGGACAACUACGACCGUCUCAACUGGACCAUCCGCGACGUCGCGGGACGUGAAGGCACCGUACCAUCUGUCGUCUUCAGAAUCCCACCACCAGACAACAGAAUCUCGGACUUUCUGAUUCGGCUCCGUGCCCAAUUCGACCGUCUUCGCCGCCUCUGGGAACAGAAGAUACGCCGAAUCCGCUACAACAUGAUCCUAAACACGAUGCGCACCGUGCGCAACUGGAAUCUUGAAGCGUUCUUGGCUAUUCCACCUGAACAAAGAGACGAAAUCAUCAGAGCAUUGAACGAAGACGCUCAAAAGUUGUUGUCAGAGCUCCCUGAAGACGACCCAAUGUACAGAAGGUUGGCAGAGGAGUUGAUAUUGACUAACGAACAUAUCAGUCAACUCCUGAUGGAAGCCAACAAGCCUAAGGAGCCGAAUCACUCGGAGAAGUUUGACACUGCCAUUGUAGACUUGCUGAACAAGCUGGACGAAUCAUGGAGAACAUUGAACGAACGUGUGAGACGACCUGUAGCCAACGGCAUCAAUCAACUGUAUGAAGAGGUGGACGAUCACAAGCUGUUCGAAGAGAACCUCCAGUCAUUGGAAACAGACGUCUCCAACGUCAAGGAACUCUUCAGACAAAUCCCCAACCCCACUCCAUCUCAAAAAGCUAAUCACGACCAUCUGAACAACCGAUGGGAAGAUCUUUGGGACCUUUCUAGAAUGCGUGUUGAGUUCUUCAAGGUACUAGAACAGGUGCUACAAGGCAUGGACGAAGUGUACGACAUCGUCAGAAGACAUGAGAUCACUCUCAACUCAUUCGACGACCUUCCUGCAGCUCUAGACAAACUCAGAGGAUGCCACGCCCAACUUCUCGAACUCAACAUGGUCCUACAACAGCAACAAAACAUUGUAGACGACCUGAACAGGAAUGUAGCCAAACUACGACAACAUGUAGCCAGAACUCGCCACGAUCAGAUUCAUCACUCGGAUGUGGACAGACUAGAGGAUUUGGUACAACAAGUCACGGUACGAUGGGAGAACGUUCAAUCCCAAGUGACGGAACGCCUACGAACUGCCGAAGAGUCACAGCAGAUCAUGAUGUUGUACCGAAGUCAGUACGACGAAGAGAUUCAGUGGCUGGACAGAGUGGAGCGAACUAUCGAAGCCCUCAGGAACCCAAAUGACAUCAGACCAGAGGAGUUACAAGCUCAGCUAGACCAGUUGACAGCUGAAUACGCUCAACUUCAAGAACAUACAACGACCAUUGAGAAUAUCAACCAUGAAGGAGGGAAAUACAUCAGGGAUGCGAGGGUAGGUUCUUGGAAUUUUUUUUUGAAUUUUGAAAUUUUGGAUUUCAGUUGGUACUGAAAAUGAUUUUUUGGUAUUGAAUAAUGAAUUUUGGUACUAAUUAGGUUUUAUAGUACUAAAAAUUAUUUUUGGUACUAGAAAAAAAUUUUUUACUAGUACUAUUUUAUGGUACGAGACAUGGUUUUUAGUACUAGAAAAGUAUUGGUACUAAUUAAUUUUUUUGUACUGGUACUAUUUUUAUGGUACAAUCAAUUUUCUGGUGCUAGAGAAAAAUUUGGUGAUUAAUACUAUUUUCUAGUACUAAAAAAUAUUUUUGGUACUGGAAAAAAUUUUGGUACUAAUUAAAUUUUUUAGUACUAGUACUAUCUUGUGGUACUCGAAAGUUUUUUAGCAAAAGUAUAAAAUAUUUAUAGAAAAAAAUUUUUGGUACUGGAUAGCAUUUUAGUACUAAUACUAUUUUUUGGUAAUAAAAGAAAAAUUUUUGACAUCUGAAGAAGAAUUUUGGUACCAAUACUGUUUUAAAGUACUGAAUUCAUUUUUUUUAGCUUUUGGUACUAAAAAAGUCAUUUUGAUUUUAAAAAAGUUUUAAAAUUUUUACAAAAUCAGCUAUAAGCCCUACCUUUCAGACCUACGACAUGCGUCUCUCCCAAUUCCACGAUGUCAUUGUAAACCAUCAUGGCAUGAGUAUUAUCACCGAGUUCCGUCGUACCGAACCCCAACCCACCAGUGGCUCAAUCGUAGUCACAAAAGAGCUGGAAGAGCUGAACCGACGCUUCGCCCAACUUUCGAGUGUGAUUCUGGAGCGAAAGAACAUCGUGAACCGACUGAUUCAGAACUGGAAACGCAAACAACAGGUUGGUUUACUGUUUUAUAUUGUUGUAGAGUAGAAGAGAAAGCUUUUUAGAAUAGAUAGGCUUUGUUUUUAGGAAGGUUAUUGUAGUUUUCUUACUGUAACGUGGAGAAAAAUUGAUUUUUUGAGGUUUUUUCGGAAAUUGUGAGCUUAUUUGGCCGUUUUUGAAAUUUUAAGCCAUGGAAAAGCAUUUUUAAUAAGGAUUUUUAAGCCUUUUUAUAGCUUGAUUACUGUAGUUUUUUAUUACGGUAGUUUUAAGUUUUUUAUUACGUUAGUUAAUUUUAGUAAUACUGUAAUUUUGACCAAGUUUAUGAGUAAUAUAAGCUAAAACAAUGUAAUAUAACGAGCAACUAACAUUUUCUCAAUUCGUUUUUGUAAAAGCUAAGAGUUUUGAGUUGUCAAACAACAAUCUACCGAUCGACUGUUACCUAAAAUACUCGUUUUGUUACCCAAACAUUUGUUUUUCAAUUUUAAAAUGACAUUUUGGCGGUUAAGAGAAACGCUUUAUUUUGUUUUUCUACCCCCUUCGACAUCCCCCCAACAGCUUUUAUUAAUUAUAGCUUUAUUUUGUUUUAUUUUAGGUAUGAAAAUUUUCAAAAGUGAAAAACGUUUUUUUUUGUUUUUAGGCUUAAAAGUCAAUUUUUAGGCUUAAAAGUGACUUUUCGGCUUAAAUCUAAUUUUUUGGCUUAAAAAGGGGCUUUAAGGCUUAAAUUGAUUUUUAGGCUUAAAAAGUGACUUUUAGGCUUCAAAACUGUUUUUUAGCUUUAAAAUCUAUUUUUGGGCUUAAAAAUUGACUUUGAGGUUUAAAUGUCAUUUUUAGGCUUUAAAGUGACUUUUAGGCUUAAAUGUAAUUUAUAGGCUUAAAAAGUGGCUUUCAGGCUUAAAUUAAAUUUUUAGGUUUGAAGGUUGAUUUUUAGGCUUAAAAUUAAAUUUUUAAGCUUAGAUUCAUUGUUUAGGCCUAAACUAAUUUUUAGUUUAAAAAUUAUUUUUGAAUAAGCCUAAAAAUGACUAUUUUUUCUUUUAAGCCUAUAAAGUUUUUGAACUUAAAAAAUUUAGAAAGGAAAUUUUUUUUGAAUUUUGUAAAUUUUGAAUUAAAGUACCGCUGAUCCGUUAUGUUAUACGCUAUUUACUUUUAUUUUGCUGCCAUUGUAAUCCAAGUUCGAGUCCUACUGUCGUUAAUUUUUUAUUUUUUAUCACCUAAACAUCCAUAAUUUGUCUUUAAAACUUCUCAUGAACGCCAAAAUGCGUUGAAACCGAAAUUUAAAUUCAAAUUUUACUCUUAUUUAUGUUAUUUAGGAAGUAAAUAUGAGAAAAUAGUACUAGUACUACUAUUUUUUGUUAAUACAGUUUUAAAUUUUUAUUUUUUAAUGUUUCAUAAUGAAAAUCCUGUAAAGUUUUUAAAAUAUUUUUAAAAUAAUUUAUAUUAUCCACCAAAUUUGAACGCUGUCUGCGCCGAAUUGUCUCAAAACCCUUAGGCACAAUUUUAAUUUGAUAGGAAAAUUUUUGAGAAAAAGUUGAGCACUUGUGAUUUUUUGUGUACAGUAUAUUGUGAUUAACACUAGUUGAGUGACCUUUUACCAAAAAUUUUAAAAUAAUUUUGUUUGGAUAAUUUAUGACAAAAUGAAGUGAAAAAAUUGACUUUUGUUACCUAAAAAAACAAAAAAAUAGAAUUUUGUUACCUAAAAUUGUUAAAAAAUUUAAUUUUGUUACUUAAAAAUGUAGAAAAGUUGAAUUUUGUUACCUAAAAAAAACAAAAAAAGUUAACUUUUGUUACCUAAAAAUGAGUGUAAAUGUAGUUUGCCGUCUCUUUUCCAUACCACUAACGAAACGACUUGAACCAGUUUGCUUUGAACAUUGCUGUGCUAAUAACCCUCCCCCUAACUCCCCUCGCCCCAGUUUAUACGUUGACUAACCAAUUUGCUUGUGUGACCAGCAUUAACAUCUUACCUUAUGCCUAACCCAAAGAAAUGGUUGUUGAUAAGGAGAUAGAUGAGUUUUUGUACUUAAUUUGGUAUUGAUGGUACCAUUUUGUAUAAAAGUUAUUUUUUAGUACUGUAGGUACUUUGAACUUUUCAAAAUUUUGAAGUUUUAGGGUUGUUAAAAAGUUUUGUUGUUCAUUUGUAUUGAGUUUAACAGCAAAAAACGACAAGACUUUUGAAAUGUCCCAAUACUUAAAAUUUGUUUUUUAAAUAAAGUUUUUACUGAAAAAAGUUGAAUUUUGGAAUAAAAAUGAUAGUUUGUUACCUAAUUUUACAAUAUGUACAAAAACACCAGUAUCUCCUUAUCAACAACCACAAGUGCUACAACUUUUUUUUUUCAAAUGCCGCCUAAAAUGUUGCCGUUUUCGAAAAGCCCCCCAGGAACUAAGCCCAAGUUUUGAGACUUUUGAGCCAGAAGAUAAGCGUUCGGUGGUUUGUUGUUGUUUUGCUUUUGUUUUAAAGUUUUUGUUCAAAUUUUGUGCUAAUAGCCGGUACCUAUGAGCUAAAGUGUACCUGUUCGCAAUAGAUACGCUAACAGCUCUUAGUAGGUACGUUUGUCUGUGGAUUCUCUCUUACGUUCUCUCCCAGCUGUGUAUUGCUUUUAGGAGGAGGAGGACCGCCGACGCGCUGAAGAAGAGCGAAAACGUCGCGAAUUCGAAGAAGCACGACACAAAGCUCUGGACGAGGCGGAUCGUCUGCGUCGCGAACGCGAAGCUGCCGAAGCCGCACGUCGCGCCAAAGCCGAAGAAGAUCGUCGGCGAAGAGAAUUGGAGGAAAUCGAACGGAAACGUCGCGAAGCCGAAGAAGCGGCACGACGCCAACGAGAAGAAGACGAUCGUCGUCGUCGCGAAGAGGAGGAACGCCGCCGACGUCGUGAAGAAGAGGAACGACGUCGCCGUGAAGAAGAGGAACGUCUGCGACGUGAAGAAGAAGAACGUCGACGUCGUCGCCCGGUAAGAACCCGCUUUUCUUCACGUACUAUUUUUGAAUUGCUGUGGCACAAUUUGGUUUUUUUUCGUUUUUUAGUUGCUUUCAGAAUGAUGUUACACUAACUGAAAAGAAUAAGUUUGAAAGUUGAAAACAAUGAGUUGAAUAGUAGAUCUAUUUUUAGUAAAUUAGUAGUAGGAGCACUAAGAUAUCCACACAAAUCACAAGCUUUGAUGAAUUAUGUGAUUAUCCUCAAUAUAAUCAUGAAAAUUUGAAAAAGCGAAAUGUAGACAUCAAGUAAAGAUAAGAAAAUAACCAUUUUUAAAAUUUUGCUCACUUUAAAUAACCUUUUUUAUACUGUGACAGUUUUAAAAUAACAUUUGAUGUGUGACAAUCAUAAGUAACAUUUUUCAAUUACCUUUUUGCCAUUUCACUUCUAUUUUAAAACAAAAAACACUGCAUAACACAAAAACCUCACAAACAAGGCUAAUUUUGAUUCUUUCAGGAACCGCUAAUCCGACAGGCCACCGGAAUGCAACAAGGUUUCCAAAACGAAGACUACGACACGUUCGACUCGAUGGGCAAAGUCCCAGACCGCGCCCAAAUCGCGGAACACGAAGAUGAAAUGGAACGGUUCGACGAAGAAACCGUAGUGAAAACACAAUUCUACGAAAUGGAGGGCAAUCUCCACAAACAAACUGGAGAGGUCUUGACAGUCAUGGAACAACUAAGACAAGGACUACUGAACCGUCAAGGAGAAUUCUUCGAUAUCGAAUCAGGAAGAAUGAUCUCGCUAGAAAAAGCCGUCCAAAAAGGUCUGAUCAAACAAGAUCUACAGACUCUACUACAAUCUCCACUCGGAAUCAGAAACCCAGAAACCAGAGAACAACUCACUCUUCAGCAAGCCAUCCAAAUCGGCUUAUACGACCCAGAAAUGCGACAAUUCCGUGACAUUAAAACUCAAGAAAUCCUAAACUCAUACGAUGACGUCUGUGACACAGCUACGGCUCGUGAUCUCAUGACCAAGAACAUCCUCAGAAUGCCACCACUUUCAGUAGAUACAGCGCUGUCUAAACACAAAAUCAACCCAAUUACCGGAGAUUUUGCUUCAAAGGUCGAUAAAGACUCAGCAAUGUCAUUAGCUGAUGCUCUGGCCAAUGGUUAUCUACAAUUCCCAAAGCAAGGUGCUCCAGGUUUGGAGUUGAGUUUGAGCGAUUGCAUAAAAAAAGGCUUUGUCAACUAUGACGGCACUUUCGUUGACAAAAAUAAUAAAGAUCAGAAGUUCACCUUCCGCGACGCAUUAGCCAGAGGCAAAGAAUUGAUUAACCAAGGCCUUCUCGAAGUCACAAACACCCAAACUAAUCAACGAAUCACGUUGAAUGAAGCCAUCAGAUGCAAGGCUGUUGAUCACAAAGAAGGCAAGUUCCAAGACCUCAAAAACAGAAGUCAUUUGACGUUGAAUCAAGCCUACGAAAGAGGAUUCAUCUCCAAGCCAAUGACUUUAACAGAAGCCGUCGAAGAGAAUACUUUGGAUCUGAGCGGCCGCUUCUACGAAAAAGGCACCACCAACCGUUACACUUUGAUUGAAGCCGUAUCUCAUGGUUUGUUAGACGGCCACGUCCGUCACAUUGUCGACAAAAAUGAAAAAGAUGUUGUAAGCAUCAUUGAAGCCUUGGAGAGAGGACUUUUGUUGGCUAACGGCCGAAUCGUUCUCGAACUGACUCCAGACGGAAAGCCACACAACCCAAUUGACCUGUUUGAAGCUAAACAUACAGGCAUUCUGGUUAAAAGACAACGCCACACCAUUUUCGACGUGAAAGGCAUCAGAAUUGGCGACAAAAUGCUAAGCUACAACGAAGCCGCAAAGGAUGGUGAUCUGGAUGAGAACGCAGGAACCAUCAACCACUUGAGUCUACAAAGCGCCAAGGAUCGUGGAGUCCUCGAUGAGCUCCUGUUCAACAUUUUAACGGAAAAGAUUGGCAUCAUGGAACACGGAAGAGAAUUAUCAUUAAUUGAAGCCGUUAAUGCCAGAAUUGUAGACCCAUACAAAGGCGUCUUCUUUGAUGGAACUCGCGAAAUGUCGGCCAAGGAAGCUUACGACGCAUCUUUCAUUACACUGAAAGGAGCUCUCCGUUUAGCCGGUUUACUCGAUGUUCAUCCAUCUCUUAUUGUGUCCCAAAAGAAGCUGGAUAGAAAGAAGCGAAUUGCUAGACCAGGACAAACAUUUGGCGAAGACUCGAUGCGUGUCACCGUCCAAGAAGCCAUGAAACAAGGCUUGAUCGACGGUUCUACACAGAGAUUCCGACAAGGCAACAUUGACUUGUCUCUUCAAGAAGCUCUCGACAGAGGACACGUCAAACUUGAUGACGAAUGGAUUGUGCCUAAACGCCACUCGGCUGCCGGUCCAACCAUUGAAGAAAAGACUACGGAGUCUGUCACCGAGACUGGUCAACAGUUAGCUCCAAAGGUUUACCCAGACAAACAACUCGAAGAGAGCGUACACACCGUUAAGAGAGUCAAGAGAACUGAAACCUCAGCUGUUGGAGGUCCUGGCGGUGUAUCUGUCUACCGAGCUAUUGCCGGAGACAAAGACGCAGUUGAAGUCCCAACAGACGGCUACCACAUUCUUGAAGCCGAAAGGAAAGACAUUGUGGACUUGAGAACUGGAGUUGUUCGAGUUGGAGGAAAAGUGCUGAACAUCAAAGAAGCGUUUGAUUUGGGAAUUUUGAACCCUAAGUCAAUUUACAUUAAGGACACUCACACUGGCCGUCAACUUGAUGCCACUGAAGCGCUUAACGUCGAUCUGAUGGACAAACACGGCUUCAUCAACCACUACGGAAGCCUAAUCUCAUUGAGAGAAGCCAUCGACAACCGCUCAGCCAGAGUAGAAGCCGAACCUCCAGCUGUACUCAGAGAACAAAACAACAAAGUAGUCCAGUUCGACCGAAACAGCGGCCAAAUACUCAGCUUCAGACCAAUUGGUCAGCCACAAGUUGAAGAACAUGUCACCAGCUGGACCUUUGACUCAGCUACAGGAAAAAUGACAGACGAAAGCACGGGAGAAAGUUUGAGUCUGGACAACGUUAUUCUUAACGGCGUUGUCGAUACCGAUGACUGGUAUGUGGUAGAUACAUUGACUGGCAAACAGAUGUCGUUCGAAGAAGGUAAACAACAUGGAAUUAUUGUUAUCAGAGGCAACGAACACUACUUCUUUGACCGUGACAACAAUACUCGCCAUUCGUUCGCCGAAGCCGCUCAACAACACAGAAUUUACCCAACCGGAGGUGUACCAGAAAACGCCGGAGAUGCGGUGCAUACUACAGUAAAAAUUCAAACAAGAUCAGUAGUACAACAAAAAGAAGCUGUGACCGAAAAACCUGGUCAAGGCUACAAUCUGCACCGAUUCAUUGAAAGCGGAUUGUAUGAUCACAAAACCGGAGAGUUCAAGCACCCUGAUACUGGUAAUGCACACACUAUCAGAAGCUUGGUCAUGAAGGGUUUCAUCGACCCAGUUCAUACUAAAGUACACGACAGAAGAAGAAACGAAUAUAUCAGUAUUAUUGAUGCCAUUGAGAAGAAAAUUGUAGACGUAUCAGAAGGAAGAGUUGAAGAUACGGCUACAGGAAGAAGACUUGACUUUGCUGAAGCUCUUCGUGAAGGACUGAUUAGAGAGAAUGCUCUACCAGCCGCUAUUGAAGGACCGUCUGGAAAGUUGAAUCUGGAGACUGGAGAAUAUCGAUCAAGAUCCGCUGCUAAAUCAACCUCACCAGGUAAAUAAUUGAAAAAAAACAGAAAUUUACAAAUGUUAUGCAAAUUUAAAAAAGUGAAACACAAUUUUCUUGUAAAAACAAGUGUACCAAAAAACUAUACAGUAAUAUUUUAAUAUCAAAUGGGCAAAGAAAACUAAUAGGCCUUUAAUUGUAGGAUGGGCAUAAGAAGAAAACAAUCACUUUCACUUACCAAAGACUUAUUUCGAUGCCAUAGAAGGACUAAACAAAGAUGAUAUACGAUUUCUAGAUAUCUAAAUUCACUUACAUUUCAAUCACUUACAUUUAUGCCAAAACACUUCAAUGACUUACAUUUAUACCAAAACACUUCAAUCACAUUUUAAAACACUUACAUUUAUAUCGAAUCUCUUAAAAUUUAAUAAACAUUUAUAAGAAAAUACCGUGGUAAUUGAAUAUAUUAUAGUGCGUUCUAUUGGCUCACUCUCGCCACGACUUCAAGAACGAAAACUAAAGCUAACACCCUUCUCCCAAGAACCACAGCCUCGUACUGAAAGCCCACAAAGACAAAGUUCGUCGUUUGUAAGGUCUCAAAUAUCAACUAUUGAACGGUCAAACGAAAACGCACUGGUACCAGCUGGCAAUGAGAACACCAGAAUGGUAGAUCUGGGAGGCGGAAAGAACGUCAUGGUUAAUGUCAUCAAGGAUCAAGAAACUGGAAUCGAAAAAGGACAGUACUUCGACCCAGCCUCCGGCAUGAAGUUCACUAUUCAACUUCACGGCGACCCACAUGUCACUCAAACAACAACCAACGUUAGGUCUUCAUCUAAAGUACAAUCAGUUGAAUUGGUACCUCAUGCCGAAUUUGUCGGUAUUGAUCUAAUUAGGGACAACAGAACAGGAAAAGUCAUGAAACUUGAAGAUGCUCAACGUCAAGGAUUGGCCAAGGUCCACAAAACGAGCAAGGAAAACACCAAAACCUACUCGGCCUUCAGAAGCAACAUUGAAGUUGCUGUCAACAAGGGCAUUCUCAACAAAUGGGCAGACAAAGUUUCGGUCGAAGAAGCGAUUAAAGAAGGCCUUUUAGACAUUACCAACUUGGCUUACAUUCAUCCACACACUCACGAACACAUCCCAAUUGCUAGAGCUGCAAACAUGGGAUUGGUCGAUGUUACUUUGGCCGACACUUUGCCUAAAGGCGUCUUGAACCCUAUUAACGGUGGUAACAUCUCCGUGAAAGAAGCCGUAGACCUCGGAAUCAUUUGUCCAAGAACGGGUGAAGUCAGAAACCCUCAAAGACAAGAACGACUAACAUGGUUGGAUAUCACCAAACAAGUUUAUGCUGCCAUCUCUAGUCAAGGAGUCUACGAUCCAACCAAAGGUUACUCUGUACCCAUUUGUAGUGCAUUGAACGACGGACUAAUCGAUGUGGCUACUCAAAAAUACCGGAAUCCGAUUUCUGAAGAGAGCUACCUACUAGAAGAAGCUCAUCAAAAAGGUCUUUUGGAUGCGGAUUCACUGAAAAUCUUAACCAAACCCUUCCUUCAAGACUAUCGCACCUAUCGACAACUCAACCUAGUCCAAGCUGUUGAUGCCGGUUUGAUUGACACUAAGAACAGAACAGUCCAAACUGGAGCCGAAAAGAUUCAGCCAUUUAGAACGGCAAUUCAAGAAGGCAUUAUUCCAUACGAUGUAGCUGAAGCCCUGAAAAAGGUGGACAAGUUAACGUUCGCUGAAGCUGUAGGCAAAGGAUUGAUUGAUGUAGCCAAGAACACGUUUACUGACCCAGAUUCCGGCAAGAUUCUUUCGAUUCAAGAAGCUGCCGGAGCUGGUUUAGUCGAGGUUUCUGACUACGGAACAGAAAACGAAACAAACUUGGCUAAUGUCAUUCAGUCUCACACCUUCGACUCGAGCUCUGGAAGAGUUAGAGACCCAAAAAGCGGACUAAACGUACCAUUCAGAGACGCUAUCGACCGAAGAUUAAUCGACCCAGAUUCACUAGUUCACGAUCUAGAUUCGUCAAAGACCUUGACUGUACGUGAAGCCAUCUACGCUGGAAUCUUGGACUCAAACGGCCGUUAUCACGACAAAAAACACAACUCUUAUCACUCGAUUGUUGAUGCCGAAAAGCAAGGUCUAAUUGCUUUGAUUGCGUCUCCAAUGGAAGCGGCUCGUGCUGUAGCUGAAGCCAUCAAACGAAGAGAUUCAGAAGGCGUCAGAUACAAGUUUGGAUCACUUGACGACACUUCUCUACACCGUCAAUCUCUACCAAGGGUCAAAGAAGAACAAACCAUCUUCAGAAUCACUCCAAAGCGAACUGAACCAGGAUUGUCUGUUCGAGUACGGUCUAACGUGAGUGACGACCAUCGUUCUUCACGUGGCCGUUCGCUGGUUGAAGACCCAGUAGCUUUGGCUGAUAUGCAAGACGAAUUCCUGGACAAACUGAAGAGCCAGGGCUUUGACGUUGAAUCCAGAGUAGUUGAGAAUCCAUCAACGAUGCAGAACGUGUCAUUGAGAGAAGCUGUAGAGACCGGACUGUUCGAUGUACCAGCUCAAUCAAUCGUACACCCAACUACAGGAAGGCAUUACCCAUUAGCCAAAGCUGUUCACAUGAGAAUGAUCAGAGAUGAGGCCGGAAAGAAUUUGCUAAGUGCUUUGAAUAUUGCUCACGACGAUCUUGGCCAAAUGUCUCUAGGCAUGUUGAGUAUGGCCUCGCACUUUGGAGCUCAUUCUCCGGCUCCAAUUGGUGAUGAUCCUAUCCUGGCUCAGGCUGGUCGGAACGGUAAUUACUCGGAACAAACUUUUAACGAUAACAAUGGUACUACUACUAAGCGUACUGAAACCUACACUUCGCCAGAUGGGCACACUAAGACUACGACUUAUACCGAAAGUACUAGACGGCACUAUGAGUAG